AUCUGAUAAUGAACGAGUCAACCUUCAUUUUGAACUACAACCAACCAAGUCAUGCCCGGACGCCUUGCAAACAAAUCUGCCCUCAUCACCGGAGCCGGCUCUGGUAUCGGUCUUGAGUCGUCCCUGCUUUUUGCUCAGGAAGGCGCCAAUGUCUUGCUUGUCGACAUUAAUAUAGCAGCUGCGCAGAAAGGCGCUGCGAUUAUCCAGCAACGUUUCCCGAAUGUGAAAGCACUGGCCGUUCACGCUGAUGUCGGGAAGGAGGAUGACAUCAAAUCAGCAGUUGAUCGCGCUGUUGCAGAAUUUGGUAGAUUGGAUGUCAUGUUCAACAAUGCAGGUAUCAUGCACCCAGCAGACGAUCACGCUCUCAACACCGAGGAGAAGAUCUGGGAUUUGACAAUGCAGAUCAACGUGAAAGGCGUUUGGUGGGGCUGUAAGUAUGCUAUUAUGGCCAUGCGACAAAAUCCUGUCGACGAGGACAAGGGCCUUCACGUCGGGGGCUCCAUCAUUAACACAGCGAGCUUCGUCGCGAUCAUGGGUGCCGCUACCCCACAAUUGGCAUAUACUGCGUCCAAGGGCGCUGUGUUGUCCAUGACCCGAGAGCUCGCGAUGGUGCAUGCGAGAGAAGGAAUUCGGCUGAACUCUCUUUGCCCUGGACCGCUGAAGACACCUCUUUUGAUGGAUUUCCUCGACACUCCAGAAAAGAAGGAACGUCGGCUCGUUCACCUCCCCAUGGGUCGUUUUGGUGAGGCCGUCGAACUAGCUAAGGGUGCAUUGUUCCUUGCAAGCGAUGACAGCAGUUAUAUGACCGGCACUGAUUUCAAGGUCGACGGAGGCCUCACUUCGUGCUAUGUCACACCCAUUGGAGAACCAGCGCUUCAGCCUCCCGUCAGUCUCAUUUGAAGAGUGGAUCAAUGCCAAUAUGCAGUGAGAGUUCGAAAGCACGGGGAGAGAGUGAAAUGAAUGGUAAACAUAGCGAUGGAAAUACCCAUGUAUGAUAC